UGAUUCACAAAUUCUCUUCCAGCUCUCAACCGAUUCACGGAAAUUUUCUCAUCCUCAAAAUCCUAGUAUUCAGAAUCAUCAUUCUAGGUUAUCAAUGGAAGGAACUGCAAGUGCAAAUGUUGUUAGCAAGGGAGGAAGAAAAGGCGGUGAUAGAAAGAAAGCCGUAACAAAAUCUGCUAAAACCGGAUUACAAUUCCCAGUUGGAAGAGUCACUCGUUUCCUGAAGAAAGGUCGUUACUCUCAGCGUCUUGGUUCUGGUGCUCCUGUUUACAUGGCCGCUGUUCUUGAAUAUCUCGCCGCUGAGGUAUUGGAAUUGGCCGGAAAUGCUGCAAGAGACAACAAGAAAUCGAGAAUUAUCCCAAGACAUUUAUGUUUAGCAACAAGGAAUGACGAAGAAUUGGGAAAAUUACUUGUUGGUGUUACAAUUGCUAGUGGUGGUGUCCUUCCUAACAUUAAUCCCAUCUUGUUACCUAAGAAGAGUGGAAAGGCCGAGGCAGAGACUCCUAAAUUUCCAGGAAAAUCCGUUGCUUCUAAAUCUCCAAAGAAGUAAAAAUAGGAUCUAGUUACUUAGUAGUAGUGCUUAUUUUGGAUUAAUGCUGAAUGUGUAAAGAAAAUAAAAUGUUGGGAUUGUGUUGUCAGCAACUUUGUGCAUCCAUACUUGAACGUAAUAUGGAUCACUAAUUAAUGGUGUGUUAAGAUAAAUGUAUGCCCUAUUACUGCAAUCAAAUAAAUG